AUGGGUCGUCUGCAUGCUGUACUCCUCGCUGUUGGUCUGGCCGUCGUCGCGGCAGAUGAUCAGAAAAUUGUGAUGCCCUGCAUUGCGCUUCUUGAUCCAACUUCGACCGACCCGGAGCCGUGCAAAGCCCAAGAUCUUUGGGCGGCUCAUCAACAAUGGGGCAGUAUGCGGAAGAAGGCUUGCGCUGGUUCAAACCCGCUGCUCGAGGCCCCCGUCUGCAAUUACAUCAACAAGUUGGCCCCGCACGAUAUGGACUGCUUCGCGACGGUGAUUAACGCCUAUUACAAGAUGGGAUACCCGCCGCCCUGCCAGAAGAAUUUGCCCGAUUCGACUUUCGAUCAGCCGCCAUCAAUCUCAAACGAUGAAAUCAACCAAUGCGUUUCUGAUGCUUGGGGUAUGUUCAAGGACUUGUGCGGUAGCAACCCUAGCUUGAUUAACAGGACUAAAUCUUUGUAUAAUCAACAGAUCAAAACCCUCGACGAUUGUUGUGCAAAGUACGGAGAUGUAGGAGCCACUUGCCGUGCUGAAUUCGAACUUCAACAAGUCGCCUAUUUCAAUGUAUUCCAAAACAAGGAAGACGGGAACCCACGCCGACCCGAAAACCAUCCUCGUCCGCUCCAUCAAAACCUUCAAGCUGAUGUACGAGGCAUUCCUUCAAUACCGGGAUCUCCUUUCACCGAGUUCGCCUACAACUAUUUGACCUCUCAGCUGAAAAACGCUAGCGAUACCUCUCAAAUCACUGAGGACGCUGUUGUGGCGAAGAUGCAAAUCUUCGGCAACAACAUGUUGAGCAUGGCCGGCAAC